AUGUGCUAUCAAUUGUGGUUGCUAACGUCGUUAGCGGUGAUCCCUGCACUGGUCUUCGCAAUUGACAACACAGUUUAUUCCGGUCACAGUACACCGUACACCCUUGGGGUGUUCUCAGCUGGUACAUGUAGCUUUAUGUACGAUCCCGCGGUCGGCGACUACUAUGCUGCGAUUAAUAGUGAACAGUGGGCCUCCACACACAACUGUGGCCGAUGCGCCCAAGUUUCGAGCGGUGAUACAACUAUCGCCACCACGGUUUACAUCGUAGACGAGUGUUUGGAGUGCGAGAUGGAGGAUCUCGGUCUGUCUUCAACAGUCUUGCAGCGUUUAAACGGCGACUCACACAGAAACAACAUCAAAUGGCAGUUCAUCGACUGCCCCGUGCGUGGCAACAUUGAGUACUGUGUUAACAGUCUCAGCAACAGUUCGUGGCUUGCUGUGCAACCAGCUAAUUUCAUCACUGGAGUAGCAAAAAUGAGAAUUAACAACCAAGACGUGACCAUGCUAGACUCGGGCUACUACUUCCUGCUAAAGGGCGGAUCGAACGUCGAUAUGUCGGCAGUAGUCAUCGAGCUCAUUUCGAUCUCAGGUGAAGUUAUCACGGACAAGUUGUCACUUACCGCCGGUAAGUGUACCGCUGGCACCUCAAACUUUAGACACACUGCUCUAAACAGCAACAACUUCGACACUUUCACAUUGGACAGUAACUAUAAGCCAGGGCACGUAGGUCCAGCGGAUGACACGAUGCAUGUUAACACGAUGGCCGCGGCAUCUUCGUCAGAUCAAGCUUUACUAGUUGCUCCCGUGGUAUUGGCUGCUUUGGGUAGCAUCGUCGCGGGUGCCAUUGCCUAUGCGACCAAGAGGAAUAAUUCGGCUGAAGAACGUCGUUCCUUCACUAGCCCCAUCAGUACCUCCAGCUCUCCUGCAAUGCUCCGAAGCUCCAUUGCUAAGAUGUAA